CACAUAUCAGAUCAGAUUGUAUCAUUAUUGUCUACAUAUCUUUUUGAAGCCGUCAUAACUUGCAAGUAAAGAAUGGUCAGUCUAAUGUUCUUUAGUUCGGCCUCACCUUUAUGCUCUUCUCCAUCAAAAAUUCCCAAGGCUAGUUUGGACUUCGAGAUGAAGAAACUUGGUGGCAGCACAAAACUUGUUCGGAACGUGAAUUUGGAGAAACUAAAGAACAAUUAUUUGUUUCCUGAAAUCAACAGACGUGAACUUGAGCACAUUGAAAAGCAUCCAAAUGUACAAUUGAUAAGCCUUGGGACUGGUGAUACAACAGAGCCUAUUCCAGAGCAAAUAACCUCACAUAUGUCUAACUUCGCACAUGGCCUAUCGACCGUAGAAGGAUAUAGAGGGUAUGGGUUGGAACAAGGAAAUAAGACCCUGCGAAAAGCUAUUGCUGAAACGUUUUAUAGAGAUUUGCACGUAAAAAGCAAUGAAGUUUUUGUAUCAGAUGGUGCACAAAGUGAUAUUUCUCGUCUUCAGCUACUCUUAGGCUCCAACGUCACAAUUGCUGUGCAAGAUCCUACCUUCCCGGCUUACAUAGAUUCAAGUGUGAUAAUCGGUCAGACUGGUCAUUUCCAUGAAAAAACCAAGAAGUACCAAAAUGUUGUUUACAUGCCAUGUGGGCCUAACAAUAGUUUCUUCCCUGAUCUGGCUAUGACCCCAAGGACCGAUGUCAUCUUCUUUUGUUCUCCUAAUAACCCUACUGGUUAUGUUGCAUCCAGAAAACAACUACAUCAACUAGUUGAUUUUGCAAAGACCAAUGGGUCCAUUAUUAUAUUUGACUCCGCAUAUGCUGCUUUUAUCGAAGAUGGUAGUCCACGUUCUAUAUAUGAAAUUCCUGGUGCUAGAGAGGUCGCGAUUGAAGUUUCAUCAUUCUCUAAGUUUGCGGGUUUCACCGGUGUUCGGCUUGGUUGGUCUAUCAUCCCUGAUGAGCUCUUGUACUCUAAUGGUUUUCCCAUUAUCAACGAUUUCCAUCGUAUUGUGACCACUUCCUUCAACGGAGCUUCAAAUAUUGCUCAGGCUGGUGGAUUGGCAUGCCUUUCUUCUGGUGGCCUUAAGGAGAUACGGUCGGUGAACAACUACUACAAAGAGAACAGGAAGAUACUGAUGGACACUCUAGUCUCGCUUGGCCUCAAGGUUUAUGGUGGUGUAAAUGCUCCAUACUUGUGGGUUCACUUUAAGGGAUCAAAAUCGUGGGACGUUUUUAAUGAGAUUCUUGAAAACACUCAUAUAAUAACAGUACCAGGCUCAGGUUUUGGACCCGGUGGAGAAGAGUAUUUGAGGAUUAGUGGGUUUGGACGCAGAGAUCACAUUGUUGAAGCAUCAAAGAGGUUGCAGAAUUUCUUUAACACACGAACCAAACAUUUUACUUAUCUCUCUUCCACUUCUAAUACCAAUUAGGAUAAAUACAUCUCGUGUUAUGUGCAUCGUCUUGAAUAAUUUCUUCCACCUCUUGUACCAUAAUGUAUAUUAUUGAAAUAAUAAAAGCUACGAGACCAUGGACCAUGGUAGUGUUUUUCAUAAUCGUA